ACUAACACAUUGACAUAACACACACAUCACAGAUACAAGUGCCGGAAUUGCUCGCCGUUGUCGCUCUUUUCCUUUUUUCUCCCGUCUCCUUCAAAUAGCGGAGUGCUCGGACACGAAAUGCCAUUUUUGUCAGAGGAGACCCGGACGAGGACAGGAGGACGCUGACAUAUGAGGCUGUCCUCCACCUGCCACAGUGUAUGGAGCCCAGGCGUUGUUGCUAGGAAACCUUUUGACAGCUGGAAGAUUUUGGAAAGUGACAGUCAAUGCAACAAAGAUGUCUACUUAUCUGCUGCAUCCCCCCCCCCACAUUUAGCCCGAUAUGACUCAAUCAAGUCAUUGAGAAAAAAAAUCAGAACGCACAUUUUACAGGCUGAUGUGUGUUGCCACCGAGGAGACCACAGUCUUUAGACGCAUAACACCUCCCUGCCACAAGAGUCCCUUCGUUCUGCGUGCAGGGGCAUGCCUUCUGAACCAGGCCUCAGCAGGGAGAUGCUGACAGGACAAAGACUCUGUCAGUCCAAGUCCCACCAGGACACCGUGCUCGCUGCCCUCAACCAGCAGAGGAAGGACGGCCUUCUGUGUGACGUCACGCUGGUGGCAGGGGAGCAAAAGUUCCACGCCCACAAAGCCAUCUUGGCAGCAUGCAGCGAUUACUUCCGUGCCAUGUUCAGCUUGUGCAUGGUGGAGAGUGCGGCAGAUGAAGUUACUCUGCAAGGAGUAACCCGUGUUGGACUGAAGCACGCCUUGGACUUUGCCUACACUGGACAGAUUGUGCUGGAGCCAGCAGUGAUUCAGGAUGUUUUGUCUGCUGGCAGCCACCUUCAGCUGCUGGAGCUCCUCAGCAUCUGCUCCCACUACCUCAUCCAGGAACUGAGCGGCGUGAACUACUUGGAGUUGUAUCGCGUGGCCGACCUCUUCCACCUGCCUGCCUUAGAGGAGGCCGUGGUGGACUUUUUGGUGGGUCACCUCUCUGAGCUCAGCCGCAACCGGCAGGAGGAGGCCCUGCAGCUGCCUUAUCGCCUACUCAAGGAGGUGCUCAAGAGCGACCGCCUCACCUCGCUGAAUGAAGAAGAGAUAUGGAAGUUUGUUGUUCUGUGGUUGGAACAUGACUGCCGCUACCAGUACACCGAGGACCUUCUGCAACACGUCCGCUAUGGCCUGAUGGACGUCUCAACGCUACACCACCUGGCCUGUAGCCACCCGCUGGUCCAGUCCAGCCCCACCGUCGCCACCCUGGUAGACGAAGCCCUGAAUUACCACCACGCCACCUUUCCACAGCCCCUCCACCAGUCGGCCCGCACCAGACCUCGCUUCCAGUCCCUCACCCUCUACAUAGCCGGCGGGAGGAAGCGGGAGGUUUGCAGAGUCCAGGAGUUACGGUACUUCAAUCCGGCCGCACAGGAGCACGUACGUGUGGCGGGGGGUUCAAACUGGAGUGAGCUGGCGCCAAUGCCCACCGGGCGCAGCCACCAUUGUGUCUCCGUAAUGGGGAACUUCCUCUUUGUUGUGGGUGGGGAGAUGGAGCACGCCAGUGGGAGGACGUGUGCGGUAAGGACUGCGUGUCGAUACGACCCCAGGGCCAACCGAUGGACCGAGAUAGCCCCCAUGAAGGCCUGCAGAGAACAUUUUGUACUGGGAGCUUUGGGUCAGUACCUUUACGCUGUUGGCGGCAGGAAUGAGCUGAGGCAGGUGCUUCCCUCAGUAGAGCGCUACUGUCCAAAGAAGAACAAGUGGAUGUAUGUGCAACCUUUUGACCGCUCACUUUCCUGUCAUGCUGGAUGUGUGGCGGAAAACCUGCUCUGGGUCUCAGGUGGGGUGACAAACACAGCUCAGUACCAGAAUCGUCUGAUGGUGUACGAGCCCGAGCAGGACCAGUGGUUAGCCCGCAGUCCCAUGUUGCAGCGGCGGGUCUACCAUGUCAUGGCGGCGGUGAGAAGGAAGCUCUACGUGCUCGGUGGGAACGACCUGGACUACAAUAACGACCGGAUCUUGGUGCGACACAUCGACUCGUACAACCUGGACGUGGACCAGUGGACACGGUGCUCCUUCAGCCUCCUCACAGGUCAGAACGAGUCUGGAGUAGCAGUCCAUGAUGACAGGAUCUACGUGGUUGGAGGAUACUCUAUUUGGACCAAUGAGCCUUUAGCGUGCAUUCAGGUGCUGGAUCUAAGCCGAGAGGGCAAAGAAGAAGUUUUCUAUGGGCCAACGUUACCAUUUGCCUCAAAUGGGAUUGCAACAUGUUUCCUCCCCGCUCCAUAUUUCACAUGUCCCAACCUUCAGACUCUCCAAGUACCUCAUCACAGGAUUGGUGCCGUUUAACCACUGACGGUCACCACAAUGCAAACAUUAAAGGGGGAUGGAGGAAUAUUCCAUGUGGACACUCAUCAUUUCCAAAUCUGACGUUUUAACUUUAACUUGAUCACGGUAUUAACACUCCUAUUAAAACCUUCUGUUUUCCCAUAUUAUUAAGGUGAAUAAUAACAUUAUGAAAGCAAGAAAAAAAAUAAUUCCAAAGACACAAAACAGUAAAGACAGUCGUCCUUCGCCACAUCGCACUUCAAUUGUGGAUACACUGUAUCGUUGAUUUAAAAAAUAAUAAUAUAUCCUACUUAUUUUUUGGCCUAAAUGUGUUGAAUUACGUUUUAUUUAUGUCAUAUGUAUUACGUUGCAGUAAUUGUCUAUUUCCUAUUCUAAUGUUGUAGUGAUCGAUAAAAGAUAGUGACUUGUAGUAGCAAUGAUGUUUGGAAGAUCCUCCAGGCUACCGGUGAGUACUGUAAUCUACAGUAGGCCUACAAGACAAAAAAAUAAAUGUGGAUUAUACAGUAAAAAAAAUUGCAGUUCAGCAAAAUGUAGUGGUUUUUACACCGAAAUUACUCUAAAUGGAAAACAACUAUACGAUUUCUAUUUAUACAGUCAAAUUAAGGCAAAUGAAUUGCAGGUUUUUACCGUAAAAUGUAUAGAUUUUGCCGUGCAUUACUGUAAAUGUAAAAAAAAAAAUCGCUUUUAUUUUACAGUAAAAUUCUGGCAACUAAACUGUUUUUUCACAGUAAAAUCUACAGUCGUUUUUACAGUGCAUUCAUUUAAUUCAGUGUUUCUUAAAUUGUUAGGCCACCAAAAAACACAUGUUUCUCAGCUGUGGUCCAUAAAGGCUUUAGCUGUACUCAGUUGUAAUACACUUUUCCACCACUUACGGCAGUAAUGACAAUAUCAGACAGACAAAAGAAGUCUGAAGCUAAAGUCAUAGUGAAGUUUCUUUAGCGUAUAAAUUAUGACUAAAGUGGUGAAGUUGUAUUUUCAUUUGCACUUAAAUUUUAUUGACAGUUUAGUUAAGAAACAUACAGUAUAUUAUUAUUUAUUAUUACUUUAGUUGCAAAUUAUUUAGUUUACCACUGCAUAAUUUAUGUACUGGUAAAAUUAUUUUUCAUCAGUUUUUAUGAAUCUCUUCUUUUGCAUUAUAAUUGAUUAGUAUUUAUUGUUGUUACAGCCUGACAUAGGACUUGAUAAUAAUAUUUGUGAAUAACACAUGGUUUCAUUUUAUUUGACAAGGUUUAUCCUGUUUAACCCUAAGUAGGUUCGAUGUAAUUAUUGAAUAUUAUUAAAAUCUUAAGUAAGGUUACUAAUUCAGUAAUAAUAUUGGAGUGGGCCGGGCCACUCUGUAGUGGAAAAGUUAAAGUUAAAGUUAAAGUACCAAUGAUUGUCACACGCACACAAUAGGUGUGGCGAAAUUAUUCUCUGCAUUUGACCCCCGGGAAUCAUUUUUGGUGAUUUAACCCCAAUUUCAACCCUUGAUGCUGACUGCCAAGCAGGGAGGUUAUGGGUCCCAUUUUUAUAGUCUUUGGUAUGACGUAGGCCCUGAGUUGCCAGUUUAACGUAAAAAUCUACUAUUUUUACUAUGCAAUACUGUAAAUGAAAAAAAUGUUACCACUCUUAUUUUACAGUAACAGUUUGGUGACUAAGCUGCUAUUUUUUUGAUUUUUUUUUUACUGUAAAAUCUAUUGUUUAUACAGUGCAUUACUAUAAAUGAAAAAAACAACUUAAAGACUAUAUGGGAGUUAUUUCUUUGUUUCAAAUUUUUUUUUUUGUACUCUAUGAACAUAUUUGAUUAAUUAAAACAAUCCCACUUUGCAGAAAUUAAUUUACUAUUUUAAGGCCUAGAACUAAUUACUGUAGCUGUGAUAUAUGAGGGACGACUGUAGACAUAUUUUUAACUUGACUAAUUACUCACUACAGCAUGUAACGUUAUUAAAACAUGUGUUUUAUUUUUUGUUUUCUAUCUCAAAUAAGGCAGCAGUUUGUGUAUAUUUUGUCAACUUCUGAAUGUUAAACAUGCAUAAUGUGUCCGGGACCUAAGACUUGUUUUUGUCAAACAUUAUCUGCUUAAUAUUGUCCAAAGGUAUGCAAAUGCUCAGAUACAAUUUGUUUUACCAAAAGAGUGUGACCAUUCCCUUGUUGGUGAUACUUUUCAAAAAUAAAUAUUUAAGUGAC